AUGAACAAACAAGUACUCGAUAAUGCCCUCUUAGCUUCUGCCCAAAUCAUUGAAAAGAGUUUGGAUGAAAAGCUGAAGGAAAUGGAUGAAAUGACCGAUGAUGAUUAUAUGAUGCUUAAACAAAAACGUAUGAAUGCCUUGAAACAAAAGAAUAACAUGAAGGCUGAGUUUCUGCAGAAGGGUCACGGAAGGGUUAUGGAUGUCACUGACGCCAAGGACUUCUUCAAUCAUGUUAAGGAUAACAAAUUCUGUGUAGUUUUAUUCACUCGUCCAAGCAAUGAAUACUGUGAUAUUGUGUUGAGCCAUUUGCAAAAGAUUGCCCAAAAGCACUUGGAAACCUUAUUCAUUAAAGUAGAUGGUGAAAAGUGUCCAAUCGUUGUGGAACAUUUACAAAUCUGGAUGAUGCCAACUGUUGUUUGUAUUAAGAAUGGAAGAACUGAUAACUCGAUAGUGGGCUUGGAUGAAUUAGGAGGAUCCAAUUUCACAACACCAACUCUUAGAAAGAUGUUAUUAGGUUUUGGUGUUAUCGAAAGAGAAGAAGACGAAUAA